GUGAGAUGAUGACAGGAGAGCAAUGCUCAAGAAAUGGCCAAUCUCACAUCAUGUAGCAAAAGAUAGGAUCAAAACACUUACCUAAAUUACUUCUGUUCUGGAGCCAACUUGUUAUAUUAAUCACUGUUGUUUAGGAAAUCACAGUAGUUUUGCUUUUUAGUUGUACGGAUUGGGUAAAGAAUCAAGCGCACCAGGGUUUAUAGCGUUAAAUGUACACCCAAAUGAUGUCAACAGUGAGCUAAUUAGAUUUUGAGAUUCGUGCUUAGAUCCAAUAAUUACUAUUAUUUGGGUGCACAUUUAAUGCCAUAAGCCUGCCGUAACCACCAGAUUCUUUCUUCUUUAUUUCUUUUUAUGUUCAGCAAAUACAUGUCAAAACUGUCAAUCAACUUUAUAUAGUAGCUCUAAGGAGGGUCACCAAAACUCAUUAUUACUAUAUCCAUGUUACUUCUCUGUAUUAAUUGUUUACUUCUUGUAGUAUCUUUCCAUUUUUGGGAACUCCAAUAAAAGGUAAUGUGCGUUGGAAGUCAUAUAUGCCUUUGGCUGUUGUGGGCAAUAAAGGCUAUUAAAAACUCAUGUUGAUAAAGAUGCAGCACUAGUGGUUCUUCGGUUCUUCCUCAUAGGAAAGCUUUGAAUCCCACAAAUCCUAAUGAUGAAUCGUUCGGGCUGCUACUCGUGCGACCGCUAUACAGAUCACAAGUAUGCCUGCAUCAGGCAUCGUCCCUUCGCCCAGGAACCAACCAGACCUCUCGGUAAAAGGCACGGCAAGGAUGCCAUGAACAAUGCUGGACCAAAAGCCCAUGAAGUGAUUAUUACAUCUAAGGAAGAGGUCGGACCACUUUCAGGCAAUCCUUUUUUCACAUGCAUCCUUAUGAAAACUCAAGUGGAGCCCCCCUACCAAUUGUCGGUUCCUAGGGCGUUUCAUCCAUUCCUACCAUCUUCUGACGUACCCGUUAUCCUUUCCAUCAAAACAAAUACAUGGAAGGUGAGAUACCUAGGAGAUCGUUCUAUAAGGCGCUUUGAUGGGAAUGGAUGGAAGCUUUUCGCUGUGGACAACAAGCUGAGGAUUGGAGAUGGGUGCGUUUUCGAGCUCAUGGACAAGAAGAAUCUGAGGUUGGAGAUUAAAAUCCUUAACGGUCAGGUACCUGACAUGUUUGCCCGUACCAGGGUACGGAGCAGCGAGUCUGUACGGUGUAACGAGCCUAUUGUGAUCGAGAUCGAUGAUGACUAGUCUUGGAUAGAGAAUGAUGUUGGGUUACCCGUCUAGUUACAUUACGUUACGCGUGAUGAAUUGACUGUGAUAUUGUGUAUGUAAGCUCUUGUGGUAUGUUUUUGGUAGUAAUCCUGAGAAUGAUGACUUGGAUAUUAUCUAAUCUUUAUGGUGAGGAGUGUAUAAUUUGUUUUGAAAA